AUGUCGCAGACGAACUGGGAAGCUGAUAAAAUGUUGGAUGUCUACAUAUAUGACUACCUCGUGAAGAGAAAAUUGCAUGCUUCUGCCAAGGCAUUCCAAGCUGAAGGGAAAGUGUCUACUGAUCCUGUUGCUAUCGAUGCACCUGGUGGUUUUCUGUUUGAAUGGUGGUCUGUUUUCUGGGACAUCUUCAUUGCCAGGACAAAUGAAAAGCAUUCACCAACUGCUGCAUCUUACAUUGAGACACAAAUGGCCAAUGCUCGGGAAAGACAACAGCCCAAGACUCAGCAGCAGACUCAGUUGCAGCAACAACAGCAUAUGCAGAUGCAGCAGAUGCUAUUGCAAAGACAUGCACAGCAGCAGCAGCAGCAGCAACAACAUCAACAGCAGCAGCAACAACAACAACAACAACAACAACAACAACAACAACAACAACAACAACAACAACAACAACAACAACAGCAGCAGCAGCAGAGAAGAGAUGGCACUCAGAAUCCAAAUGCAGCUGCAAAUUCGUCACUUGCUGGUAAUGAUGUUCCAAGACAUGCAUCUCCAACUGCCAGUGCUAUGGCGACCAAAUUGUAUGAGGAUAAGCUGAAACAUCCACUUCAGAGAGAGUCCUUGGAGGAUGCAGCUAUGAAGCAAAGGUUGAGUGAUAAUAUGGGCCAGCUUAUGGACCCAAGUAAUUCUGCAUUGCUGAAAGCAGCUGGUUUAGGAGGCCAGCCCCAAAGUCAAACUAUGCACGGUUCAGCCGGAAGUUCGGGAAAUCCGCAACAUUCUCAGCAACGAAAUCAGCAACUACCUAUGUCCUCUCAGGACUUAAAGACUGAGAUGAACCAAAUGAUGAAUCCUAGGUCUUCCGGUGCAGAAGGAUCCUCGGGCGGAGUUCAUGGGCUGAAUCAAGGAGGAAGCAAUUUGACAUUGAAAGGAUGGCCCUUAACUGGGCUGGAUCAAUUUGGGCUUCUUCAGCAUCAAAGGUUGAUGCAAAAUCCCCAGCACCUCAACAAAGUUCAGUUACAACAACAACUGAUCUUUCAAGCACAGCAAAAUUUGUCAUCCCCAUCUAUUAAUGAUCUGGAACGAAGAAAAUUAAGAAUGCUUCUCGGUAACCAGAAUAUGGGUGUUCCUAAGGAAGGGCCAUUAAGUUCUGGUGACUUGCUUAGUAACAUUGGAUCACCGAUGCAAGUUGGUUCUCAUGGUAUGCCACGAGACACGGAUAUUCUACUCAAGUUACAGCAGCAACAGCUUCAAUGCAACAACCAACCACUGUACUCACAACUUCCACUUUCAAGUCAGCAGUCACAGAAUUCAAAUCCCUUGCUCCAGCAGCAGCAGGACAGAAUGAUUGGUUCAGGUAGCAUUGCAGCAGAUGGCAGCAUGUCAAACACCUUUCACGGAACGGAUCAGGUUUCUAAAAGAAAGAGAAAGCAGCCCGUGUCUUCUUCCGGACCUGCCAAUAGUUCAGGGACUGCAAACACCACUGGCCCGUCCCCAAGUUCUCCCUCUACACCUGGAGAUGCUAUGUCACUGCCUACUGCACCACAAAAUGCAAAUUCCUCAAAGUCUAUGCUUAUGUUUGGCUCUGAUGGUCUGGGUUCCCUUGCAGCAGCUACAAAUGAUUUGGCUGAUAUGGAUAGGAUUCUAGAUGACAGAACUCUGGAUGAUAAUGUCGAAUCUUUUUUCUCGCAUGAUGCUGAAGAUCCAAGGGACAGAGUCGGCCUGUCUACUGAUGUCACUAAAGGAUUCACAUUUUCGGAGAUCCAGGUUCUGCCAGCGAGCACUAGUAAAGUAGAAUGCUGUCACUUUUCAUCAGAUGGAAAGCUGCUUGCCACUGGUGGACAUGACAAAAAAGUAACACUUUGGGGCACAGAAUCUUUCACAAUAAAUUCUGCACUUGAAGAACAUUCACAGUGGAUUACUGAUGUCCGUUUCAGCCCAAGCAUGUCAAGACUUGCUACAUCUUCUGCUGACAAAACUGUUCGGGUUUGGGAUGCUGAUAAUCCGGGCUAUUCACUUCGGACCUUCACAGGGCAUUCUGCAAGUGUCAUGUCAGUUGAUUUCCACCCUACUAAAGAGGACCUUAUAUGCUCUUGUGAUAGUAAUAAUGAGAUGCGCUACUGGAGUAUCAAGAAUGGCAGUUGUGCCGGAGUCUUCAAGAAUGCUAUGAAGAUGAGAUUUCAACCUCGCCACGGGAGGCUCCUUGCAGCAAUGGCUGAAAAUUUUGUUUACAUACUGGAUGUCGAAACUCAAGUUUGCAGACUCAAAUUGCAGGGUCACAAAAGCCAAGUUAACUCUGUGUGUUGGGAUCCAUCCGGCGAGUGCCUUGCUUCUGUAAGUGAUGAUUUGGUCAGAGUCUGGAAAAUUGGCUCUGCCAGCAAAGGAGAUUGUAUUCACGAGCUAAACCGCUCAGGAAACAGGUUCAACACUUGCGCUUUUCACCCCACCUAUCCAUCUGUCAUGAUCAUCGGAUGUUACGAGACUCUCGAGUUGUGGAACAUGGCUGAGAACAAGACGAUGACUGUUCAAGCACACGAGAAAAAAGUUUCGGCCUUGGCGGUAUCUAGUGCCAACGGGUUGGUAGCUUCAGCCAGCCAUGACAUGGUUGUCAAGCUCUGGAAGUGA